CUGAUGUGCCCUGAGAUCCAUGUAACUACAAGGUCUCCUCUUUAUCACCAUAAGUGCCACCCUGACCCCAAACCACUCGGAGCUCAAGAAUCAAGGCAAAAUGGAUGCCGCAAUGACAGAUGAUUUCCAACAAAUUCUGCCUAUCGAACAGCUGCGCUCUACUCAUGCUAGCAAUGAUUAUGUGGAGCGGCCUCCGGCCCCCUGUAAGCAGGCCCUCUCUAGCCCUUCCCUUAUUGUGCAAACCCACAAAUCUGAUUGGUCCCUGGCCACCAUGCCUACUGCUCUCCCGCGCAGUCUCAGCCAGUGCCAUCAAUUGCAGCCCUUGCCUCAGCAUCUGAGCCAAUCUAGCAUUGCCAGCUCAAUGUCCCAUAGCACCACUGCCUCUGAUCAAAGGCUCUUGGCCAGCAUGACACCCUCACCUUCAGGCCAGUCCAUCAUCCGAACGCAGCCUGGAGCAGGGGCCCACCGAAAGGGUGACGGUGCUCUGAAGGGAGAAGCCGAGCAAUGCGUAGUGCGCGCCAGCGAGCACCUCUUCAUCUGUGAGGAGUGUGGGCGCUGCAAGUGUGUCCCCUGCACCACUGCUCGCCCUCUGCCCUCUUGCUGGCUUUGCAACCAGCGUUGCCUUUGCUCUGCAGAGAGCCUCCUCGAUUAUGGCACCUGUCUCUGCUGUGUCAAGGGCCUCUUCUACCACUGCUCCACUGAUGAUGAAGACAACUGCGCCGAUGAGCCCUGCUCCUGUGGGCCUAGCUCUUGCUUCGUCCGCUGGGCAGCCAUGAGCCUCAUCUCCCUCUUCCUACCCUGCCUGUGCUGCUACCUGCCCACCCGUGGAUGCCUCCAUCUGUGCCAGCAGGGCUACGAUAGCCUCAGGCGACCGGGCUGCCGUUGUAAGAGGCACACCAACACCGUGUGCAGAAAAAUCUCUUCUGGUGGUAGUGCGCCCUUCCCCAAGGCCCAGGAAAAGUCCGUAUGACCUUCCUGCAAGCUGGAUCCAGAGCUUUCUCCUUUAGCCCCCAUCAGGAAAGAAUAAGCCUCACUUUGAAGAGGGGGAGGAGUAAUCAACUAGCCAAAGUUAGGGCCUUGCCUCUUUUGUUCCUGCGAUGUCAGAGGAAUGGCCAAGUGUAUCCUGGUGCGGGAUGCCUUGUUCUCUCUCGCAGUAUCUAUCCCAUUCCUCUUCAACCUUUGUACACCUCGCCAGCUCAGCCUUAUGGCUGUCAUGGC